GAAAAUGUGGGGGAGUGCAGAAGGAGGAUCUCCAGAGGUCACCCUCGAGACUUCCAUGGGGCCUGUCACCGUCGAGCUAUACUACAAGCACGCUCCGAGAGCUUGCAGAAACUUCAUCGAACUCGCCCGCCGGGGCUAUUACGACAACGUUAAAUUCCACAGAAUCAUCAAGGACUUCAUAGUGCGAGGAGGGGAUCCCGCUGGGACAGGAAGGGGUGGAGAAUCCAUGUAUGGUAAGACGUUCGAGGAUGAGAUAGAGCGCGAGUUGAAGCAUACUGGAGCUGGUAUUUUAUCCAUGGCAAAUGCAGGUCCAAGUACAAAUGGAAGCCGGUUCUUUAUUACCCUGGCUCCCACUCACUCACUGGAUGGAAAGCACACAACAUUUGGAAGAGUUUGUAGAGGAAUGGAAAUCAUUAAGAGACCCGGGAGUUGUAAUGAAACAGUGAUGUUGUAA